AUGCAACUGGGUGGACCGGGACAGGGACCGGUACCAGUACGUGUUGAGACGCCCUCAUCGUCCGCUCGAGCCUUAGUUCUGUCAGGCUGGAUUGGAGCCGCUGUCUCGGGAGGCUUGACUGUCUGCAGAAUCGGAUUACGCCGGUUCACGUGUGCCGCUCCUUCGGCCGCAGCAGUCGGUAAGUCAAUUCUCGUCGUGCUCGCUUGUUACUUAGCCGAUGGGUACCAAGGAUCCUCUUCAACCGAGCCGUCUGUAGCUCCUUUUACCGCUUCUCCUUGGCCUUUGGCGCCGAGGCUCGGCAGGCACCGGACAAUUCGUCGUCGACUAAGCGGACAUGACUUUCGCUUCAAGUGA